UGGCACUCUAUAUAUUUUUUAGGGUUUCACACUUUUACUUCGCCGCUCACAAACCCCAAUCAGCUGGAGCCAGGAAAAAGAGACUACUUGCAGAAAUGGCUCCCAAAAGAGGUGGUAAAUUGCCAGCUGCAGCAGCUAAGAAGAAACCGGAGAAGGUGGUCAACCCUUUAUUUGAGAAACGUCCAAAGCAAUUUGGGAUAGGAGGGGCAUUGCCUCCAAAGAAAGAUCUGCAUCGAUUCGUCAAGUGGCCGCAGGUUGUUCGUAUUCAGAGGAAGAGGAGGAUCCUGAAGCAGCGGUUGAAGGUCCCUCCAACUUUGAACCAAUUCACCAAGACACUGGACAAGAACCUCGCAACAAGUCUGUUCAAGAUGCUACUGAAGUACAGGCCUGAAGACAAAGCAGCAAAAAAGGAGCGUCUCUUGAAAAGGGCUCAGGCUGAGGCCGAAGGAAAAUCUGUCGAGGCUAAGAAGCCUAUUGUUGUAAAGUAUGGUCUCAACCAUGUCACCUACCUUAUUGAGCAGAACAAAGCACAAUUGGUUGUUAUUGCUCAUGAUGUGGACCCGAUUGAGUUGGUCGUCUGGCUUCCUGCAUUGUGCAGGAAGAUGGAAAUCCCAUACUGUAUCGUGAAAGGAAAAUCACGAUUGGGAACGAUUGUGCACCAAAAAACUGCUGCUGCUUUGUGCUUGACCACUGUGAAGAAUGAAGAUAAAUUGGAGUUCAGCAAAAUAUUAGAGGCUAUCAAGGCCAAUUUCAAUGACAAGUAUGAAGAGUACAGGAAGAAGUGGGGUGGUGGUAUUAUGGGUUCCAAAUCUCAGGCCAAAAGCAAGGCCAAAGAGAGGCUUAUUGCAAAGGAGGCCGCUCAGAGGAUAAACUAGGACAGUUUAUUCAACAUCUCCGGGAUCUUAGGAUAAGGCUACUUGAGGACUUCUUUUUUCCUGAAUUUUUGGUUAUGUCAAAAUGUUAUCCGGAUAAACUAGAGAGCGUUUGUUUAGUUUACUUUGACCGGUGUAUGAGUUUAAAUUCGUAAUAGUUGAUUGAAUUGGAAUUAAUGCACAAUGACUUGGUAGAAAUUGCUGGAAUUUGUUUGUAAGAUGCAUUUCUUGCAAGUGUGGCCAAUUUGUAGUAUUUUGGUGCCUUUUUUUGGCCUAGCGGUGCUUCUGUGGUUUUUGCUCUUUAGAAGCUAUGAUACAUUUCUUGUACUCUUUUUGUAA